CUUGUCGAAACGGCGCAAUAUUGAUUUAUAUUAUUAACACCAGUUUGUGGCUCUGUGUCAAGUUCUAUAGGUAUAAAGCUACGAUUAAAAAUGUCUAAAGCCAUUAGAAGGAUGCCGCAAAUAAGUCCUGCCGAUGAAAGUGAUGAUGGAGAGUCGGGUGAUGAUACCGUAGAUCACGAUGAACCAGUUAUUGCUGGAGAAGGUAUUGGAGAGAAUGCCAAGGUUGCUCCUCCACAAGACAUGGGAUCAGUACCCGGAUAUCCUAACGUCAAGUUUGAUGCAUCGUUGCUGCCACCUCCACCAUCUAAUGUACCUAAAGCAUCUGACUACAAACAACCGGAGUUUACAAAAGUUCCUGUGAUAACAGAAGAAACAGCUAGAACUGCAUUGCUUGAUUAUGUUGAGGACCAGUUUUGUUGGGGGAAAGGAACGGCAAAAAAACUUCAGUUCACAAAUCUGCAAUCUUCUACGUCUUACCAUUACAUCUUAGAGACAUACACAGAGACAAGAUCGACGAAAUAUGAAAAUGUAGCGUUUAAAGGCCAACCCAUUGAUGGACCACAAAAUGGAAUUCCACCUGGACCAUGGGACAUCAUCACAAAUCCAUGCGAUAUCUUUAGUGAUGAAAUUCGUAAGAUGGAGGUACCACAUACAGCGUCGGUUAAGCCCUGUCACAGAUGUAAAGCCACUGGCUAUUUGAUAUGCUCGUCAUGUAGUGGGAGAGGAAGGAAACGAUGUGGAGGGUGUAAUGGAAGAGGAAGAAAAAGAAGACGCGUUAAGAGAAAGAAUGGAUGGAGAACUGUUACACGGACUUGUGGGGGAUGUCACGGAACAGGAAAAAGAAGAUGCAAUAGGUGUAGUGGUACUGGUCGUGUUGUAUGUGGGACAUGUGAAGGAACAACACAACUCAAAUGGUUUAUAGAGCUCACAAUCACUUGGAAAAACAACUUGGGUCAUCAUAUUGUAGAGAAAACAGACUUACCAGAUGAGCUGAUAAAAGAUGUCGCUGGUACUUUAGGUUUUCAAGAUACACAACCACGGGUUCUUCCGAUUGCCAUGUUUCCUGAACCAGAAAUCAACCAAGCAUCUCAUCGCUUAGUGAACGAGCACAGUAAAUUUCCAAAUUGUAGAAUUUUAAUGCAGAGGCACGUGAUAAGGAUGGUACCAGUUACUCAGUGUGAUUACCAGCAUAAAGAAACGACCCUCAAUUAUUUUGUUUAUGGUUUAGACUGUAAAGUGCAUGCGCCGACAUACCCAGAUCAGUGUUGUUGGGGAUGUACAAUUCUGUGAUAAUUUUAUAUACGACUUCUAACGCAAUAUCUGACUAUUUUCUAAGAGUAUUUUUUAUACAAACCGUUUGUCUGUCAUACAUACUAAUACAUCUUAUCCGUUGUGAAUGAAUGAAGUACCAGUCUGUUUUGUUUCUACAUGCUUUUUAACUUACUGUCUUCUACAGUGUUGUGGAGGGAUUCUUAUAUUUAUUUAUUAUUAUAAUAGCAUGAAAACUAAUAUUAAAACUUAUAAAUUAAA